ACAUUUACAUAAAUUUCAUUUCUCCUCUUCAAAACAAGGUUCGAUUCAGAUUAAGAUUCAGAUUCAGAAUUUAGAGUUUUCAGUUUCAAAUUCACCAUAGGUGACCUCUUUUCAUUUUCUUCGGCAGCCCUAAUCCGUCUCUCCAUCGUCCUCUGAUUUAAUUGUCAUUCUUCGCCGCGUCAAUGGUAUCAUCUGUCUUCCAUGCCUCCCCUUCGCCUUUGCUCUUUUAGCAUCUGCUUCCCCCAAGCAGUGUGCAGUGCGCAGUGUGCAGUGAGCAGUGAGCAGUGAGCAGUGCGCGAGCGUCCUCGAUUGCCGUUCAGCUCUUCAACCUCCAUCCUCUAUUCUGCAUCUUAAUCUCAGGUGGUCUCCAAGCAGGCAAGUUUAUGAACUGGUUGUAUCGUUGCAGUGAAGUUCCAAGGGAAAUUCUUGAAUAAGUUUUUCAUACCCAAUCUCAAAAACUGAGGAAACAAGGUAUUCCUUUAAGAGAAUGCAGAAUCAGGAAAAUCUUGAUGCAGAUGGGAAACUGGAGACUACGAUAUCCAUUCAAACACCAGAGUUCGAUAAUUGGGAAAAUUUUGGUGAUGAUGAUAUCAUGCAGCAGAAAUCAGCAAUUUUUGUUCAGGAAGCUGAGAAAGUUCCAUUUGUUGGUGACAAGGAACCACUAUCUUAUUUAGCAGCUGAAUAUAAAUCUGGGAGUCCUAUUUUGCUGGAGAAAAUUAAGGUGCUAAGUGACCAAUAUGCUGCCAUUCGACGAACACGUGGUGAUGGAAAUUGCUUUUUCCGUAGCUUCAUGUUUUCAUAUCUUGAACAUAUUUUAGAAUCGCAAGACAAAGCUGAAGUUGAUCGUAUCAAAAUAAAUGUGGAAAAUUGUAGGAAAACACUUCGAAGUCUAGGAUAUACGGAAUUUACUUUCGAAGAUUUUUUUGCGCUAUUCCUUGAGCAGCUGGAAAGUGCUCUUCAAGGAAAUGAAACUUCUAUAAGUCACGAUGAGCUUGUACUUCGGAGUCGAGACCAGUCUAUCUCUGAUUAUGUUGUUAUGUUUUUCAGGUUUGUUUCAUCAGGUGAAAUACAAAAGCGUUCAGAAUUUUUUGAGCCUUUUAUUAUGGGAUUGACGAAUGGAACAGUUGAUCAGUUCUGCAAAUCAGCAGUUGAACCAAUGGGUGAAGAGAGUGACCAUGUACACAUCAUUGCAUUAUCUGAUGCAUUGGGUGUCCCAAUCCGUGUUAUAUACCUUGAUCGAAGCUCUUGUGAUUCUGGUGGUGUCAGCGUAAAUCACCAUGAUUUCGUUCCUGCUGCUAGUGAUGUCUCAAGUGAUGGUGCUGGCUCUGAGAUUAAGAUCCCUUACAUUACCUUGCUCUAUCGUCCUGGUCACUAUGACAUCCUCUAUCCAAAGUAAUGCAAUUUGUUGGCCAUUGCAAACCCUGGUAGAGCUCUCAAAGUUGGACUGCACUUACAAUAUGUUAAACAUGGAUCCAGUUUCAAUGAGGUAAAGGUUGGAUUUUGAUAACUCAUGAUGCCAGUUGUUCUGUACCGAUUGAUAACAUACUGUUGAGCUGUUUGAGUAAAAAAAAAAAAAAAAAAAAAAAAAACAAAACUAUACUUACCAGGUUAACUGAAAUUUGGAAUAGAUGUGAUCAGUCAUUGAGAUUUUCAACAGUCAUACAAUAUAUUUCCUUGUGCAGUCUGAGAUGGUAUUUUCAAUUCCAAUUUAGUUCUGGAGGCUUGAGAAUUGGUUUCAUUUGGUCCUAAGGUUUAAAAUUUUAAGAUUUAAAACA